CAACAAACUAAUACAGUAAAUGUAUGAUGUUUUUGAUCAUUACAGCAGUGAGGAUCUGUGUGAGCAGUCAUGGACGGGGGUCUGUUUGUGCUGCUUCUGCUGUCAGGACUCUUCUGGAGCAGUUCUGCUCUUUCUCGUCCGUACUUCUAUAUAAAUACAGCAAUGUCGUGGCCAGAUGCUCAGAGUUACUGCAGAGAGAGAUUCACUGAUCUGGCUACUGUAGACAACAUGGAUGACGUGAACAGGCUGGUAAAUAUAACAGAUGCUGGAUACAGCGGAUCAGUGUGGAUUGGACUGAUGAAGGGGACACAGAAACAGUGGAGUUGGUCUAAUGGAGAAAACACAACUUCUCAGUACUAUAACUGGGCUUCAGGACAGCCAGAUGCAGAUGGAGAUUGUGUUGUUAUUAAUUCUGGAUUUUGGCAUGAUAUGUCAUGUAGUAAUAACCGAUAUUUUGUGUGCUACAAAAGUGAUGGAUACGUCUUUGUAAAAAGUGAUAGAAACUGGACAGAUGCUCGGAGCCACUGCAGACAGUAUUAUACCGAUCUGGCCACCAUCCACAGCUCUGUGGAGAAUAAGCAGAUAACUACGCAAAUUUUAACCGGAACGUCCUUCUGGCUUGGUCUGUUUCUGGACUCUUGGGGAUGGUCUGAUCAGUGGGAUCUGAGUUUCAGACACUGGGCAGCAGGUCAACCUUCCCAGACUUCAGGAUCUAACUGUGUUGGCAUGACAAGAACCGAGUCUGGCAGAUGGUCUCAGUACAGCUGUGAUGUACAGCAGCCAUUUAUCUGCUAUGGAGAUGACUCGAAAAAACAAAUUGUGAGAUUGAAAAUCGCAUGUCAUGGAAAAUGUGCAUUGAAUGAUCCUUCAAUACAGACAGCUAUCCUGAAUGAGAUAAGUGAAAAGCUGAAGAACAUGAUGUUGGAGAGUGAAAGCAAAAUAAGAUGGAGAAAGGGGAGCAAUGGAGAGGUGUUUCAUCAGGAGAACAACCAUAUGGUGAAUUUAGAUAAUAAAUGUAUUAGGAAUGUGUAAUGUACUUUUUAAAAAACGAAAACACUGC